GUCCGCCGUGUACCCGCCCAUGGCGCCGCCGCUUCGGGCCCAGCUCAGCCCCGGGCACCGUGUCCUUAGCGACGGCGCGGGAUACCGACGUCAUCACACCGCGCCGGAAGCGGAGCUGCGCGUCGCUUGGACCGCCGCUACGGGCGUGAGAGCGUCAGGCUUUGGAUCCGAGGAUCGCGGGUUCGAGUCCCCGUUGGGGCGGCGGCUCCGCUCCUUCGUGCCGCUCCCGUUUACCGGCACCGGGCACAUGGCGGGGCCGGAGCUGGGGCUGCUCUUCCAGCGGCGCUUCCUGUCGGUGCGGCAGCUCCGUGCCAUGCCCUGGGCGGAGCUGGAGCAGCAGCUGCGGGCCGGCCCGGAGCGCUCCCAGUGCUCCCUGCUCGCUCACAUCCUGCACCAGACCGUCCUGCACCCGCUGUGUGCGCGGUUCCCCCCGCCCGCCUCCUACAGACGGUGCUUCCUCACCCAGCUCAUUAACAAGCACGAAUCCACGGCAGCCGAACCCCUGGAUGAGCUGUACGACGCGUUGGCACGUGUCUUAAACGAGGAAGAAUCCACUCAGUGCUACAAAAGCUACUUACUGCCCUCAGGAGAAGCCGUGACCCUUUCAGAGAGUGUGGCCAUUAUCUCUCAAGGAACCACAGGGCUCGUCACGUGGGAUGCUGCUCUGCACCUCGCUGAGUGGGCAACGGAGAACCCCGCGGUGUUCACUAACAGGACAGUCUUGGAGUUAGGAAGUGGAGUCGGCUUCACUGGACUCGUGAUCUGCAAAACCUGCAAUCCCAAGACAUAUAUAUUCAGUGAUUACCACCACUGCGUUCUCAAACAGCUGACAGAAAACAUCCGUCUGAAUGGCUUCACCCUGCAGCCUGAAACUAUGAAUCCAGCCCAAGGGCAGGAGGCAGAAAGGAAGGAAUCCCAACAACCCAAACUCAUUGUUGCAGAGCUCGACUGGGGUUCAGUUACAGAAAAACAACUGCUGGCUCUGCAAGCAGACGUCAUCAUUGCAGCAGAUGUGAUAUAUGAUCCAGAGGUAACCUUAUCCCUUACUGGUAUGUUACAGAAGUUCUCCACCCUAAGAGCAGACAGAAAACCUGAGAUCUAUAUUGCUCUGACAGUCCGUAACCCGGACACUUACCACACAUUCCAGGCUGAACUUGAUAAAGCCGGGAUCAGAUGGCAGAUUAUUCCAACCCACAGCAAUAGGAUUUUUCUCCAUGAUACGCAGCCCAACGUGACUAUCCUGCAAUUAUUCACAUAGAUUUGGUCAAUACAGCACAGGACUUCAGAGGAAAUUUUCUCUCAUCCUCACGCCAAGACUGUCCUGAAUUCUACAAACAGACUGAGAUGUGUGCACCAAGAGCAGCCUUAUGCAUGUAUCUCAUAUGCACGAGCUGUUGUCAAAAUGAGUUUAUGUUUCUUCCUGCAGUUGCCAGCGUGCGUGCUCCUUAUAAGCAUCUGUGCACCACAAGCUGUAGAGAAAAAGGCCCUAAUUGUGAUGCACUUGGAUUCUGGAGAACUGGAUUGAAUUAUUUAAAUGCAGUUUUGAUUUGUAAACAAUGCAGACUCACCCUGCGCUCCUGCAGGUGUGCAUCUCAUACUGACAAGGGAAUAGAACAGUGUUCUAUAAUAAACGUUUUUAAUACUAAAACCA